CGGCGCGGCGUCUGGUGCUCCUCCCGGCGAGACGGGGUUUCUUGAUCGCGCUCGGAACUGUGUUACUGUGCCAAGCGCCCCCGGGAAGCGGAAGUGGCCGGGACCGGAAGUGGCCGAAAGACCGGAAGUGACCGGGACCUCCGUCGCCCGUUCUUCAUUUCGAGGGGGGAGAUCUUACGUAUUUUGAGCGCGGGUCGUGUUGUGUCGCGACUUUUUCUUACUUUUUUGAUUCCGCGUUUUCUCGGUCGGGGUCACGAAAUUUGCGAGUGCUGGAGUUGAGGUGCGGUGUUCGGUUUCGCGAUUCGAUCCUCCGGCCUUCGAGCACAGCGAUUAUACGUUGGAUUAGUUAAAAUAUGUUAUGAGCGGCGAUGGCUCUGCUGUACCGGUUCGUGAAGCUCUCGGACCGCGCGCACUCGCACGUGUUCACGUUCGUGGUGACCAAGUCGGUGACGCGGGACCUGGAGCGUGACGUGACGUCGAAGGAGUUCUCGUGCGGGCACCAGAAGUGGGCCAUCACCUUCUCGCGGACGGACAAGGUCCUCGGCGUCUACCUCGUCUGGCGCUCCGCCUCCGAGAGCGUCCGCGUCUACGUCGACUUCACCUUCACCCUCCUCAACCGCGAGCACUUCAGCGUCAACGAGGCCUUCUCCGGCAAGCAGGUGAGAUUCCAGUGUGCUCCUAUACUCUUCUAA